UCAAAACAAUUCCACUCACUCGCGUGCGUGUAUGGGCUCACCACCCUCCUUUUCUUAUAACUUCCAGCGCCACCUGUUUUUUUUUUGACCUUUAGCCCAACAUCUCUCUCCUUUUUAACUGCCAAACAAGAAGGUUUUUUUUAAAAAAAGCAGCAGCAGCAGAAGGACCGCUGUACAGUACCUAGCAGAACAUCCCUCGUGAUUCUCUCAACAAAAACUUCUCACAUGAAAAUAGUCCACACCUCCGCCGCCAACGGUGAUGACACCAUCUACAAGACAAUCGAAGUGGCUGUUAUUGACCGACGCGAUCUCACUCCACCUCCGGUGUUUCCUUUUCCUGUUGUCGGAGACGAACUUAAUCUUAUUCCACCUCUAAACUUUGCUAUGGUAGAUAAUGGCAUCUUUAGGUCUGGUUUUCCUGACUCUGCUAAUUUCUCUUUUCUCCAAACACUCGGCCUCCGCUCUAUCAUAUGUCUAUGUCCCGAGCCAUAUACAGAGGCGACCACGGAGUUUCUAAAGGAUGGUGGAAUCAGGCUCUAUCAGUUUGGGAUCGAGAGUUAUAAGGAGCCAUUCGUAAACAUCCCGCAGGAUACAAUUCGUGAAGCACUUCAAGUGGUCCUUGAUGUGAAGAAUCAUCCAAUUCUGAUUCAUUGUAAACGGGGAAAGCACCGAACUGGUUGUCUUGUUGGUUGCCUUAGAAAAUUGCAAAAGUGGUGUCUCUCAUCCAUAUUUGAUGAGUAUCAGCGGUUUGCUGUUGCAAAGGCUAGAGUUUCAGAUCAAAGAUUUAUGGAGUUGUUUGAUGUUUCUACCUUAAAGCAUUUGCCAAUGUCGUUUUCAUGCUUGAAGAGGCAUUUUUGGAUGAAAGAUGCAAAAAGGAGUAAAUUGGAGGUAAUUGGCAGAUUUGACGUUCAGUCGAUGUUUUGUGCAGAGCGUGAGUUCUAGAGAUCGAAAUGAAGUGAUUCCAGUGGCACUAAAAAGCUAACAUCCAUACCUUUUUGGAAAUGUAAUGCAAGAAAAAUAAAAGGAGAAAGAUCAUGGAAAUCACAUCCUGCAAAGUCAAAUCUCACAUUCUGCCAAUGUUGACCUUUGGCCAUUCAAAAUUUAAUAUCUGGAGCUACAGAAGUCCAAUUGAUGCAAAAUCAAUUUUAAUGGAUUCCUAAUUCAAAUAACUAUCUACGAUCCAAAUCUCAGCCAAAAAAGAUGUCAUAUGAGGGAGAUAUGAUUUUCCAAAUAUGACAACUGAAUUCUGCCAGCAAACAGGUUUCGUGAAGAAACGAGUCCAAAUUACAUUCCGAAGCAUCUAAACUGACAUCCAAGUUUUUAUAUCAUAAAUUUAGCUCCUCUAAGUCAGAGUUUGAAGAUUUCAUGCAAGGCUAUUUCUCCUUUUUAGGAAAAAUAGUUAUUGAAGUACUUAAAUGUAAAUUGUCAACUUAAGGAAGGACUAUUUUGUAAAAUAGAGACUAGGGUUUCUUAGCAUAUAAAAAGAAAGAGAGAAAGGGCAGAAGCCAGCAGAAAAGAGGGAGGGUAGAAGGAGGCAGCAGCCAGCAAAGAAUAAAAACAAAUUCUCUUCUCUACAAACCCAAAAAAUCAUGCUCUUUUCAUUCUUUAAAAGUAGUUGUUCAAUAGUUAUGCAAGGCUAAGCUCUUUUCUUGGUUGCAAGGACACAACAAACCUUUGGAUUUCAAGAACCGUGAGAUUUAUUCUUCCUUCUAUUUUCAUUUUAUAUUAUGAAUGAUUAUGAUU